AUGGCCGGUGGCUCAGCAGCUCCGCGUGGUCGCGCGGGAAAGUUUAAUAAACCAACUAGAGGUGGAGGCAAGCACUACUCUCGAUCACUACAGCCCGUCGAUGCCGAUGGCAAUCAAGUCAGCAUGUGGUCGUCCGGUGCUGCAGACGAACCCUCCGAUGAAGAAGGCUCUGCAGAGGAGUCUAGUCAAGAGGAAGAAGGCGAUGCCGCCGACCCUUCAAAUGCGGCAGCCGAGGCCGAGAGCCGUGACGACCGCAAGGCCCUGAAAAAGGCCCGUAAAGAAGCCGCCAUUGCGAAGCAAAAGUCUCGUACCGUCGAGGUCGGCGACAUGCCCUCCAGUGACGAUGAGAGCGACGACGACAUGCCCGCCAACCCGAACCACUCCAAGACGGCCCGGAAACAGACCAAAAGCAGCGAUGUUGAUGACAUCACAGAAGGCGUUCAGAACAUGAAUGGUCCCGGUAAUCGAAAAGAACGGGAAGCUGCCGAGGCCGCCGCGGCCAAGGAGAAGUACAUCAAGUUGCAGGCAGAAGGCAAAACAGAUCAGGCCAAAGCAGAUCUUGCUCGUCUCAGACUCAUUCGAGAGCAACGCGCAGCCGACGCCGCACGAAGACAGGCCGAGAAGGAAGAGAGGGAAGAGCAAGAAAAGGUCCGAAAAACAGAAAUCGAGGCCAAAGAGGCCAAGAAACGCGAGGCUGCCGCCGGACCUAAAAAGGCCAGUAAGAGGAAAUGA